AUGUUGAGAUCUCCAAUCACCGCCAUUACUCGUACUUUCAGCACGUCUGCUCCCAGAGCAGCAUUUGCGAAAAUGCAAUUGCUUGGAAACAUCGGCUCCAUCACCCAAAGAGAGACCAAGGAUGGCGUUCCGUUCCUCACCUAUUCGUUGGCCGUGAACAGAUACAACCCGCAAGCAGCCGAGGACGGAAACACCGUGGCUGAUUGGUACAACUUGUCUGUCUUCGAUGAAAAGCACAUUGCUUUUUUCCAGAACCACUUGAGAGGCGGCGCUCAACUUUAUGUUGAGGCGGACGUGAGACAGAGACAGAUUGUUAACGAGGAAGGUGAGGGCAGAAUCGUCACUUCGUUGAGACAGACGAGCUUCGAUGUUGUGCGUUUUCCCAAGAAGCAGGAAGAGAGCUCUUGA